UAAUUAUUUAAAAAACUGUAGUUUAUCUGCAUCUUCAUUCCAUCAAUAAUUUCUUUAAUUUAAGAAAUAAUUCACUAGACCAGACGUGUGGUUUGUGUAAAACACACACACGUGCAGUCUAGGGAAAUUCACUAAAAAGAAAAGGCCUCCUGGAUGUGAGGAACAGAGAGAAUAUCAGAACAUGGCAAAAUUAUCACAGUAUGGAGCUUUCAUAGAGAAGUUCAUAUUGAAGCUUCCUCCAUCUCUUUCUACUCAAGAACUUCCUUUAAAUGGUCUCACCUUUGCUGUCAAAGAUAUGCAAAUUUGAUGUGGACGGAUAUGUGACUGGUUUUGGAAACCCAGAUUGGGUUCGCACACAUUCAGCAGCUACAUCAACUGCCCCAGUUAUAACGGCUCUAUUAAGAGCAGGUGCAACAUGUGUUGGCAAGACUGUCCUUGACGAAAUGGCAUAUGGAGUAAGUGGAGAAAACAAAUAUUAUGGAACACCGACCAAUCCAUGUGCACCAGAUCGGGUACCUGGAGGAUCAUCUAGUGGAUCUGCUGUUGUAGUUGGAGCUGGAAUUGUUGAUUUCUCUUUGGGUACUGAUACUGGAGGAAGUGUAAGAAUUCCUGCAUCGUAUUGUGGGAUUUUUGGAUUUCGGCCUUCUCAUGGAGUUAUUGAAACUACCGGUGUUAUUCCCAUGGCACAGAGUUUUGAUACUGUUGGAUGGUUUGCUAGGGAUCCUGUGUUAUUGAACCGGGUUGGAUGCAUACUGUUGCAAGUUCCUCCCAUGGAUCCUGUGAGACCAUCCCAUGUUAUUAUUGCUGAAGAUUGUUUUAAUCUUGUCAACCUUCCAAGCAAUCGGGUAGCAGGAGUUCUUGUCAAUUCAGUAAACAAGUUACUCGGAGGUGAUGUUCUGAAGAAUGUUAGACUUGACGAAUACAUUGUAAACAAUGUUCCAAGUUUAAAGCAUUUUCAGUAUAAUCACAUUGGAAAUCAAGAUUAUGAUACAGAAUGUUUGGUAUCUCUUUCGUACUCAAUGCGUCUGCUUGUAAGGUACGAGCUCAAGAAUAAUCAUGGUGAAUGGGUCAGAACUGUCAACCCUGAUUUUGAACCAAGAAUGUCAGAACGUGUACAGGGAGCCCUGAGAACAACAGAAAAAGAUAUUGAACAUUGCCACUCAGUUAAGACCGAGUUCCGUGAUGCUCUGAAUGCACUCUUAGGGGAUCGUGACAUCCUUGCCAUUCCUACUGUUACUGGGCCUCCUCCAAAGCUACAAUCGGAAGCACUAGCUUCAUCAAAGUCAUUUCGCGACAGGAGUUAUUUUAGCUUUUUAUCAAUAGCAGCAUUAUCUGGAUUUUGCCAGGUUAGCAUUCCUUUAGGAACUCAUAAUGAUCUUCCUGUGUCAGUUUCCUUGGUAGCAAAACAUGGUUGUGAUGGAUUUUUACUAAAUUUUGUGGAGUCUCUUUAUGAAACCAUCCAAGAGCAGGUUGAAAUUGCUGAGCAAUUAAGCAGCAGUUAAAAUUGAGUUGGCAACCAUUGAAUUUGGGCCUCGUGUCCAUGACAAAAUAUAUAUUGUAAAUUUUUCAAAACGCGUAUUACAGGACACCCUGUCCUGUCCUGCUUAGGAUUUUCCUAGGAACCUGCAUUGUAAAUUCAGUGUACAUUUUGUAUGCAAAUUGUGACAUUUGGUUACUUUAUGAUCUCAGUUAUUUUAUUAACUAACAGAAAUUGAAAC